UGCUACAGUGACUUGCUCCAAGAAUUUGCACAUAUCAUGCUCUUUGCCUCCAUGCCACAUGAGUAUAAAUGAAUUAAAAUUAUCUCAGGAAGAACUGAAAAGAAUUCUUUUAAUGUCUAAGUUUAAGCCAAUGAGAAAAAUAUUUAAACCAAGAAAAUGGUUUUAAUCGCAUUCCAGCCAUUAUUUGCCAAACUGUAUAUAAUAUGCCAUUAUACAUGAAUAGUAUAUAUUUCAAAACACAAGUCAUACUUUCAUCAAUAUCCGAAUUAAUCUUCAACACAGUUGUCACAGAACUAGGUCUUUAUCUAAAGAGAGAAAGCAUUUAUUUAUGCAAGGGAGAAGUGAUAUACGUACAGGAAAUUAGACCAAGAAGGUCACUGAAUAAAAUUAACCAUAUGUAUUGCAGACAUUAAACAUCUGAUUAGUAUUGUUGAAUAUCAGAUUAGAUCUGUUUUGAUAUAGUUUCCGUCUUUAGAUAUCUGAUUCUUUUGGAUCUCCUAGUAUUAAGGGAUUUUAUUUCUGUACCUAUAUAUAUAUAUAUAUAUAUAUAUAUAUAUAUUGACGCUGAGAGAUGAUUCUCUCAAGGAAUUCAUCCAAAACACAAUCCUUGUCUCACUCCAUUCGUAUAUUUCAAGUUGGUAUCAGAGCGGGUUCCGACCCGGCUCUGGUUUCUAUUUGUUUUUUUUUCUUCUUUUCCGGCUGCAAUCUCUCAGUCGUGUUCCCUUUUCCCACCAGCUGACACUAUCAGCUGUCUCUUCGUCAGAAACUCUUUUUCCGGCCACAACCUUGUCAAACAUCAAACCCACUCCGAAGCAACCCCAGAAUCAGAACCGGAAAGCCAAGUUCGGCCUGUCCCCAAAAUUUCUCCGCUGCCCAGGCUUUUACCGGCCCUCAUUUCCCUUCUGCAGGUGUUUUCCGGCCGUUUCUGAGUGUCUGCCAUCAUGUCUUCUGAGGUAACCCCCGACACCAACUCCAAUGGUGGUAAACCGGUUGUUCUAACAUCUGUCGUUUCUGGAACCGCUACAAUGACCUCUGAAAAAUUGAUGGGUGCCAAAAAUUACCUUUCUUGGGCUGAUUCUGUGGAACUUUGGUUCAUGGGCCAAGGCUAUGAAGACCACCUUACUAAAUCUGUUGAUGAUGUUUGCGCCGCUGACAAAACCACUUGGAAGAAGAUUGAUGCCCAGCUAUGUAACCUUAUGUGGCAGACCAUUGAUCCACCGAAGCUAACUAUGUUUCGGGCUUACAAAACUUGUAAAAAGGUGUGGAAUCGUGCUAAAGCUUUAUACACUAAUGACAUUGCAAGACUUUACCAUGUUGCUAAGAAGCUGUGUAGUUUACAGCUUCAAGGAACUAAUAUGGAAUCUUAUGUUGGAGCUGUGGAAGCUGUCAAGGAGGAGUUUUCGACUCUCCUUUCCUAUGUGUCUAAUGCUGAUGACCAUCAUGCUCAACAGGGAAAGCUGUUUUUGGUACUUACGUUACUUGGGUUGCCAGCUGAACUUGAAUCUCUUCGGCAACAAAUAUUGGGCACCUCACCCGUUCCUUCCCUUCAAGACGUAUUUGCACGACUCUUGCAAUCCGGCCCCUCUCUUGAGACCCAUACUUUCGACCAAACUGCAUUGGCAUCCCAAUCUUCUUCUCAAGUGUCCUUUCAAGUGCCCACUCGCGGCGGCCGUGGGGGUCGUGGUAAUCGUACUCGCCUUAGUUGUACCCAUUGCCAUAGGAUUGGUCAUACUCAAGAUAAAUGUUAUGCUCUCCAUGGUCGUCCUACCAAGGUAGCUAAUGUUGUCCAAACUAAUGAGCCAUCUGACGUUCACUCCGCCGCACAACCACAAGGGAUAUUUGUCUCUGGCAAUGAUUAUGAUGAGUUUCUCAAGUACCAAGCUUCAAAGCAGGCAUCUACUCCCGUUGCUUCGGUGGCCCACUCUGGUAAUUCUGUUGCUUGUAUCUCUCAUUCCUCUUCUCUUGGACCAUGGGUCCUUGACUUAGGAUCGAGGGACGGGACAGACGAUUGGUACAGGAUGUGAGUCUCAAGGACUAUAUCGGCUUGCCUUACCCACUACUACUG